GCCAAAAACAAAACAAAAAGAGCAUUAAUGAAAAUAAGAAGUCACUUGCGUAACUGCUGUCAAACAGUUCAGGCACAAUUGUUACGCCGAGAAAUGCUGAUAGGUCCAUUGGAUUUCGACUCUUGAGAGGGACACAAAAGAAUAAACCCACCAUUGCUUAGAUUACAUUGGGUUUUUCAGAUAUUUUCUUCCCUGAAUAGUCAUUUAUGGACAGAUAUAAAAUAAUCAACAAUUUACACUAGAAGGAGAAGGAGAAACCCAUCUUCGCUCCCACUCUUACAAUUCUCAAUAACCAGUUUGCAUAUUGGGAAUAAGCCGAGAACAAUGUUCUAUACCGAUUCUUUAAUGUCAAAUACUCUUCAUGUUGUCUUCUAGUGCCAUGACCCGAGCAUCUUUCAUUAUGGGCAUUGGUAGCUGUUCUACAUAGGGAUUACUCUGUCAUAAAUUUUGUAAUUUAGCGGCUUCUUAUCAUUUUUAACAGUUAUAAGCUUAUAGAUUGCCGUCAUAUUCAUGGGCACACGCUCGUAUACAUUUCACCAGAGGAUGUGAUCUGAAAUUGGUCAAUAUGUUGUCAUGUUAAGAAAAACAAAGUUAUUAACUUUAUCCUCUAGCUGUGUGAGAGCUUGUCUGAGAUAGUGGAAUGGAAAAGAAAAGAAUAGAUGACUAUGAACCAGGUCCAGUUCCUUCACCAAAAGCAUUGGACAGAUUUGGAUUUGUAAAGCAGGAACUUAAUACCUCUCCUGAUGGUUUAGCAAGAGGCAGGUCCGCUCAUGAAUAUGAGAGGGAGGAAAGAAGGGUUAGAAAAUGGAGGAAAAUGAUUGGGGUUGGAGGGAGUGAUUGGAAGCACUAUGUUAGGAGAAAACCUCAUGUUGUCAAAAGGCGUAUAAGGAAAGGAAUCCCUGAUUGUUUAAGAGGUCUUGUUUGGCAGCUGAUCUCUGGAAGUCGGGACCUUUUGCUGAUGAACCCAGGGGUUUAUGAGCAACUAGUGAUAUAUGAAACAUCAGCUUCAGAACUAGACAUAAUACGAGACAUUUCCCGUACAUUUCCCUCACAUGUUUUCUUCCAGCAGAGACAUGGACCUGGUCAAAGGUCCCUUUACAAUGUUUUGAAGGCAUACUCUGUCUUUGACAGAGAUGUUGGAUAUGUUCAGGGAAUGGGUUUUUUAGCUGGUCUGUUGCUUCUUUAUAUGAGUGAAGAGGAUGCCUUCUGGUUAUUGGUCGCCUUAUUGAAAGGAGCUGUCCAUGCCCCAAUGGAAGGCUUAUAUCAGGUGGGGCUUCCUCUGGUACAACAGUACCUUUUUCAGUUUGAUCACUUGGUGAAAGAGUAUUUGCCGAAGCUGGGGGAGCAUUUUGCCCAAGAGAUGAUAAAUCCCAGCAUGUAUGCAAGUCAGUGGUUCAUAACAGUCUUCUCAUACUCUUUUCCAUUCCAUUUGGCUCUUCGAAUUUGGGAUGUCUUUUUGUAUGAGGGUGUUAGGAUAGUUUUUAAGGUUGGUUUGGCCCUACUAAAGUAUUGUGUUGAUGAUUUGACUAAAUUACCUUUUGAGAAACUCAUACAUGCUUUGCGUAACUUCCCUGAGGAUGCAAUGGAUCCAGACACGUUAUUACCUUUGGCCUACUCAAUUAAGGUGUCCAAGCAUUUGGAGGAACUGAAGCAGGAGUAUGAGAAGAAGAACGGAAAGACAGCUCAAUCAGCAGAAUCUAAUGAAAAGCAGGAACAGCCACAAUGAAUGCGGAGGAGCUUAAGAGAUACUAGCCUAUCCAUAAUUUCCAAAUUCUUUGAUUCUUUGUCUUGAUCGUAUGUUGUUAGCAGAAACCUUUGUUAACCGCAUCGACUCAUCUUUAAUCAUGUGAUUGUUCGUAGUUGCUCGCUCCAGUGUCCAGUCAUUUCCGUAAACAGAAAUUGAUUCUGGAAUUUUUUAUUUUUAUUUUUUUGUUUGGAGUAAUAAAUUAAUUAAGACACCAAAAAUCUACCUUUUGGUGACAUAUUAUA